UUUAUUACUACAUCACAUCAUAUGAUAGUCAGAUAGAAGGGAUUUGUAAGUGGAGUGUGGAGUCUGUGUGGAUCUGUAGUAAUAAUUGAAUAACCGUUAUAUUUAAAAAAUGGGGUACAAGAAUCAAGUCAUAGCCACACUUAUAGUGAGCUACCUCUGCAUGACUACCGGAGUCCUUUACACAUGGCCUUCAUCAGUAAUAAAAGUGUUAAGUUCAGAGAACACACCACUGAACAGAAUUAUGACUGAGACAGAAAUAUCUCUACUGGGCAGUUUGACGUCUAUUAGUGCCUUGUUCACUAUGCCCUUGUCUGGAAUGGUCCUGGAUAAACUGGGAAGGAAGUAUACUUGUGUGGGCAUGGCUUUAUUACAAGUGAUUGGCUGGGCAGUAGUAAUAUGCUUCGACUACGUGGAAUCAAUCUUAGCUGCGGUGUUCAUAGGAGGUCUAAGUUCUUGCAUCUACCUCGUGGCUCCAAUGUACGUUGGAGAAUUAUGCCAGGAGGCUAUACGAGGUACCAUGACAGCAGCCGUGAUGACGUGCUUCGCGGUGGGUUGGCUGAUCUCCUACAUGAUGGGAGUGCUGGACUAUCGAGUGAUGAACUACAUAUGUUUAACAAUGAGCUUAGUAGGGACCUUACUACAGUUUUAUUUGUGGGAGUCUCCGUUGUAUCAGAUGACGAAGGGCCUGGAAAAGGAGGCAAUGAAAACAAUAGCUCAUUAUAGAGGAGUAAGAAUUGAUUCUAAAGAGGUUCAUCAAGAAAUAAAUAAUCUGAAAGUGGCGCUAAAUCCAGAUUUAGAUGACGCGACACCUGAAGCAGAAAAGCUACAGCCAAAUGAAACGGUUCAAAGAGAGAAACUCUCUACAUGGCAAUUUUUAAAAAAAUCUCGAUCAACGCGUCGCGCCUUAUUCCUUUGUUUCAUACUAUACACAGCCGUGGUCUUCCAAGGCCAAGUUGUGAUACAAGUAUACGCUGAGCCACUGUUCACGCUGGCGGUUCCCAGCAUGUCAGCGACUGUCUGCAGCGUGCUAUUUGCAAUUGUCAAUAUUGUGGCGGCGCUCAUUGUACUGUACUUGGUGGAUCGGUCGGGGAGACGGCCACUGAUGAUAUAUUCAUCAUUGAUAACAGCAUUCUUCGCGUCUCUCCUCGGGACCCAAAUACAGUUUUCUUGGGGACCCAAUUGGUUGACAGCUGUACUUAUAUACCUAUUUUGUACUACCUAUACCACGGGAGCUGGUAUGAUACCAUAUACCAUAAGUGCUGAAAUAUUUUUACCAGAGAUAAAGAACUUUGCGACGAUAGUGUCAUUGGAGUAUUCCUUCGUUGGAUUCUUUAUUAUUCUGUUUAUUUAUCAUCCUCUAGUCUCAGCAAUAGGUCUGGGUCCAAUAUUCUACAUAUUUGCGGGAGUGUGUCUCCUAACGACGGUGUUCUGCCACUUCUAUAUGCCAGAAACUAAGGGGCUGACAGUGGAUGCCAUACAGCAUCUGUUUGUCCCACGAUCUCAUAAUAAAGUUUGAUAUAAGA